AUGGCACAAAAACAUAACCACAACCCAUGGUCUACACUAGAAGUUGUAGUUCCAUGGAAGUUGUCCGAUAACUCUAUCUGUGACAUUGCUGAGAAGCUUGCCUUCAGCAUUGCCAUAAAUCACAUCUGGAUUGAGCCCUUAAGCCCUAAACACAUUCUUCGUGCUCUCAACACGAUUGUUGAUGGAAAACAGAACAUCAUGUUUGCUCUAACUUCGAUCAAAGGUAUCGGUCGCCGUUUUGCUAACAUAGUAUGCAAGAAAGCUGAUGUCGACAUGAGCAAGAGAGCUGGUGAGUUAUCUGCUGCUGAGCUUGAGAACCUCAUGAUGACUGUUGCAAAUCCAAGACAGUUCAAGAUCCCUGAUUGUUUUUUGAACAGGAAGGACUAUAAGGAUGAUAGGUAUUCCAAGGUUGUUUUCAAUGCGUUGGACAUGAAACUAAGGGAUGAUCUUAAGAGGUUGAAGAAGAUCAAGAACCACCGUGGUCUCCGGCACUAUUGGGGCCUAAGGGUUCGUGGUCAGCACACAAAGACAACUGGCCGCAGGAGAAAGAUUGUUGGUGUCUCAAAAAAGCGAUGAACUUGCAUCCCUCAAUUUCUGU